UCAACCUCACCGAUCCGGCGAUCGCCGCCAUCAGCCAUAGGAGGGUAGAAAGUACUUACUCCAUUGAUACCCUCUCACUUCCUUGCUCCUCCUGCUUCUUAAUGGCGUCUCCAAAGGUUUUGAUGUUUUCGGUCUUUUUCGCACUGGUGAUUACUGGAAACCGGGCGAGUGAGGAAACCGGUGUUAUUAAUGUCGAUAUGACGAGAUCCGAGGACUACGAUUCGGUUCUUAAGUUUGAGAUCGAGCAACUCGACUUCAAGAUCUCGUCUUUAGAUUCUACGAGUUCGGAGAAAGCGAGGGAUUUGAAAAGCAAGGAUGAAAAAAUUUUACAGUUGGAGAGCGCGAUUCAUGAAAUGGCAGCGAAUGUUGUAUCACUGCAGAAGACGGUGGAAUUAUUGCAGCAGAAAAAGGGGGCUGUGGAUGGAGUAGAACUGGUGGGAAGAGUCAAUGCGUAUUCCUAUGAACUUGAGAAGAAGGUUGAGGAGCUUGAAGGUAAAAUAGACAUGCAAAACAGGAAAAUACAUGACUUGGAAGCCCAAACCAUAGAAGCAGAGAAGAAAGUGCAAGAAGUAGAUGUUAAAUUGCGCAGUCUUGAGAAAAAGGAUGUUGAGCAGAAGCAGAAAAUUCAAAAAACCGGAAGUGCUCUUCAAAUGGCAGAGGAGUUAGCGAGGGUACGGUUGGAAGCGACAACAAACUUACAGGAACUAAAAAAAGUUCAUAGAGCAUGGCUUCCACCUUGGCUUGCAUAUCGUAUAGCGCAAACUCAGGAAAUCGUAGCAGCCAACUGGAAAGAGGACAUAAAACCUGCUUUGGUUGUUUCAGUGCUAAAGGUUUCAGAGAAAUUGGGCCAAGCGCAGAAAUGGGUUGAACCGCAUCUGGAGACAGCAAAAGUUAAAUGGAUCGCUGCUGCAAAGUCCAGAUGGAUUGCUUUUAGAAAAACUAUUAAACCUCGCAUGGAAAAGACAUUUACAAAAACAGUUGAAAUAUUUGAGUUUUGCAGAAAUACCGCCAAACCCCAUAUUCUUGCUCUCCAGGAGUCUGCUAACCCUUUAGUUGAAGGAGCAAGGAUGUUUGUAAUGCCCUAUGUUGAGCUAGCUGCUACUUGUGUGGAUAAAGCAUCUACUGGAUUCAAACCCUACACAGGAGGGGUAGUUUAUGGAUACAGGAAGCUUCUAGAAACUUCUGGAAAGUAUCAUCAGCAGGCUCAAUAUAUUGUUCUGGAGAAUCUUGAGAAGCACGAUUUAACCAAACCUCUUGCAACUAAAGGGUUUGUUUGGUUUGCGGUCUCUGCUUCAUUCGCCUUACCUGUAUGUCUGAUUUACAAGAUGCUAUCACAACUCUUUGGUAAAAAGGCUGCAAAACGUGUUAGGAGCAGCCGUUCACAUAACCAUCUUCGCAGACACAAGCAAAGGCAUGCUGACCAGUGAAGAAAUAUUGCACUUUUGGGAGCCAAUUUUUUCUAUUUUACAUGAUAUGAUUGUUUUUCUUUAUUUUAUGCCUCAAAAUGCAAAAAUAUUUCUUUUUUUAGGAAUGGAGGCCGUUUGUGAUUAUAUUUGAUUUUCUUAAAGUUCGGUACAACCUGGAAUUCUCCUCUUCUAAA